GAGGUCAAAUCUGAACUGAGAUACUGUAAAAACGACAUUCAGCCACAAAGCGCAUUGUCUUUACUAUCCAUCUAUCCCCUAUCCAUCUCCUUGUGAACCGGCUGGUGGAGAGAGGCUGGGAUGGCGGUCCCGCCCGGUAGGAGAUCGCAGAGCAUCCAAGACGCUAGAGACAGGGAGGAGGGGCCGCUUCGCUCGUUUCUGAGCUCUGGGAGAGGUUCUCCUUCACACGCAUCGGUCACCCGCUCGUGGACUACCGUCGAAAGAAAGCAAGACGGGGUCCAUUGAGCCCCUCUGGGGAGGGCGAAAGGUCCCCUUUUCAGCCUUAAUCGGAUAUUUUUUCGUCGUUUUUUUUGCUUUCUCUCGUGCCCUCUGUGUUAUUCUUUCAUUCUGUGUUGUACAUUUCCUUGUCUGUUGCCGGCAGGGUCUCCUUCUUUGCCGCGCUAAUUAUGGAUUUGUGUGUUCUCCGCGGACCAGCCGACACCUGAGAGAUACCUGGAAAAGGAAAGGGCGUGACCCGGAAACACGGAUCCCACUCGUCCCCGAUGGAUAAUCUGCUCUGAAAAUAUUGUAUAAGGCUUUAUUAUCCCCAUAAAGCGUGAUGCUGAAGAAGAUGGAAGACCGUCCAUUAUGUGCCAGGAGAGCGCUGUUAUAGCACCACACACUGAAACCAUCAGUUUCAGCAAGAAAAUAUCAGCUGAACCAUUUAAAAUAACGUGACGUGAUGACUGUUUUGCCAACGUGUUUUUAAGCUCAACUGUGGCUAAUACCCGGGGAUGUAGAAUGUAGACUAACAGGAGAAGGAGACCCCGAAAUGUGGAUCCCCUCGCGAGCAGAAACGAGCUCGACGCAGGAGAUCGGCGAGGAGGUGGAGGAGGGGGCGGUCUACACCAUCACCCUGCGGCGGGUGCAGCUGCACCGCUACGCGGCGGCCAGCAAGGGGCAGCGCUGGCUGGGGGCGGAGUCGGACUCCGCCCUCAGCCUGUACGAGACCUGCAAGGUGCGCACCAUCAAGGCGGGGACGCUGGAGAAGCUGGUGGAGUAUAUGCUGUCCGCCUUCCGCGGGAACGACUCCACCUACGUCACCAUCUUCCUCUGCACCUACCGCUCCUUCGCCACCACCAAGCAGGUGCUGGACCUGCUGCUCAACAGGUAUGCCAAGCUGCAGCACCUGUCCAGCACUGAGGGCCCCAGACUGACACACGAUGAUCGCACUGAGCUGAAGAAUGCGAUCUCGUCCAUCCUGGGGGCGUGGCUGGAUCAGUACUCCGAGGACUUCUGGAAGCCUCCGGAGUACAGCUGCCUGCGGAGGCUCAUCGCCUACCUGCACCAGAACUUCCCCGGGUCGGACCUGGAGCGCCGAGCCUGCAACCUGCUGGCCCAGUUCCACCUGCGCCACCACCACCUGGAGCGGGAGGCACUGGACCACGCCCCCUGCCCCUUUGCCAUGCCAGAGGAGAACGGGUUUGAGGACGACCGGCCGGACUUCCUGGCCUUCGAUCCCACCCUGGUGGCCGAGCAGUUAACCCUCAUGGACGCGGAGCUGUUUAAGAAGGUGGUCCCGUACCACUGCCUGGGCAACAUCUGGUCUCAGCGGGACAAGAAGGGGAAGGAGCACCUGGCGCCCACCGUGCGGGCCACCGUGGCCCAAUUCAACUGCGUCACCAACUGCGUCAUCGCCACCUGCCUGAGCGACCGCGCACUGAAGCCCGCGCAGCGCGCCAAGCUGCUGGAGCGCUGGAUCGAGGUGGCCAGGGAGUGUAGAAUCCUGAAGAACUUCUCCUCGCUGCGCUCCAUCCUCUCAGCCCUGCAGUGCAACCCUGUGCACAGACUGAAGAGGACCUGGGACGAGGUGUCCAGGGAGAACCUGCGCAUCUUCCAGGAGCUGUCCGAGAUCUUCUCCGACGAGAACAACCACUCCCUGAGCCGUGAGCUGCUCAUCAAGGAGGGGACCUCGAAAUUUGCAACACUGGAGAUCAACCCUAAACGGGCACAGAAGAGACACCAGCAGAGAGACUUGAGUGUGAUGCAGGGGACCAUCCCCUACCUGGGUACCUUCCUGACCGACCUGGUGAUGAUGGACACCGCCAUGAAGGACUACCUGGACGUGGGGCUGAUCAAUUUUGAGAAGAGGAGAAAGGAGUUUGAGGUUAUCGCUCAGAUCAAACUGCUGCAGCUGGCCUGUAACAACUACAACUUCACCAGGAACACACACUUCAGGGCGUGGCUGUCUGCUGUGGAGAAACUCACAGAGGCAGAGAGCUACAGCCAGUCAUGUGACAUCGAACCUCUUUCGGAGUCGGCCAGUAACACUCUGAAGGCCAAGAAGAACACAGGCAUCAUAAAACGCUGGAGCGACCGGCAGCCUGCAGCGGAGGCUGGGAGCAGCAGCAGCGUGGGCAGUUCUCACUCGAAGUCGUUUGACCAGCUGCGCUGUGGCCUCCUGCUGAGCGGUUUGGGGAGCACAGGGGGCGGGGACAGCGCCGACUCGCUCAGCGUCACCUCGGCCGGCUCCAGCAGCUCCGACGUGGAGGACGUCAACGUCACCUUCGUCUCCGACUCCCCGGACGCGCACGACAAAAAGACGUCUACGCCGACAGUAAAACAUUCCAAUUCCGCCUUAGGGAAAGGAGGACCAGAACAAGACCUCGCCCCCACGUUCUGGGAUUCCACCUCGCUGUUGUCGCUGGACGUGGCUGGGUUGGGUUCGGGUUCAAGCAGCGCGUCGUCCUCCUCUGUCAGUUCCAGCCCUGGCCCCGCCCCUGGCUCCGCCUCUGGUGCCGCCUCCCGCUCACACAAGCGCUCGGUUUCGGGCGUGUCCAGCUACUCCUCCCUCUCCCUCCCCCUCUACAACCAGCAGGUGGACGACUGCUGCAUCAUCAGAGUCAGCCUGGACGUGGACAAUGGGAACAUGUACAAAAGCAUACUGGUUACCAGCCAAGACAAGACGCCGGCGGUGAUUCGGAAGGCGAUGGUCAAACACAACCUGGACCGCGAGCGGCCGGAGGAUUACGAGCUCCUGCAGCGCAUCUCGGAGGAGAAAGAGCUGAAGAUCCCUGACAAUGCCAACGUCUUCUACGCCAUGAACUCCUCGGCCAACUACGACUUUGUGCUGAAGAGGCGGGGCUUCCCCAAGGCGGAGCGCCCCAAGCACGUGGCCAGCUCCACCCUCCCACGCAUGAAACAGAAGGGCCUCAAAAUUGCCAAGGGCAUCUUCUGAGGGGGGCACCCCCAGUCGGAGUCCCGCCCACCCGGAGCCCCCUCUGGGACUCCACCCACCCUGUUGCAGCCAUGGCCAGACAUGCCCCGCCCUCUCGCUAGUCAGGCCCCGCCCUCUCACCGAGUAGACGGGCAGGCCUGUAGGAGACUGUUGGGCAGUGACUAUGGAGCAAAGACAGACUGACAGACAGACAGACAGACAGACAUACAGACUGACAGACUGGGGGAAUGGCAGGACUACCCCCUUAUGAGGUCAGACAGGCUCUGUGCUUCUUUGCUGCUGUGCAGAUGGAGAGGUAAACUUCACACCCCCAAACCCCCCCCCCCCCCACCAACCCUGCCGCCUCACCCAAAAGGCUGCCACUUCCUGAGAGAGCAUGCUGCUACUUCUUCCUGUCAGUGCAGGCUGUCAUUUCCAGUGAGAAUAUUUCCUGUGAGUGCAGGCAGCCACUUCCUGUGAGUGCAGCCGGCCACUUCCUGUGAAUGCAGGCAGCUGCUUCCUGUGAGUGCAGCCAUCCACUUCCUGUGAGUGCAGCCGGCCACUUCCUGUGAGUGCAGGCAGCCGCUUCCUGUGAGUGUAGGCAGCCUCAUCCUGUGAGUGCAGCCAGUCACUUCCUGUGAGUGCAGCUGGCCACUUCCUGUGAGUGCAGGCAGCUGCUUCCUGUGAGUGCAGCCAGCCACUUCGUGUCUACCACAGACAACCAUUCCUGGCCACUGACGCCUGGGUCGAACUGAAGGGUUGUGAUUUCUUUGACCAAUAGAGCCAAACAGCUUGGUUCUCAUCUUGUAAUACUGUCGUUGGAUUCCUCACUGAAUGUGUAUCAAUGUCAUCUUGCAGUCAGAUUAGGGUGCAGACUGUAACCUUGAGAACGAGGAAGGGGGAGCACCACAAGUGAUGCACAACCUAGUGCACCAAACAAUGCAUUCCCCCUCCACAGGGCUACAUUUAGCCCUAGUUUCGCAGGAUGCUCCAAGAUGGCCUAUAGGCAUAUGGCCUACAUACCUUUUAGCUUUUGUACAAGCACAUUACAUAACACUAAGUUUUUUUGUUUUUUUUUGGUAAUAUCAGAGCUUGUGCCUGACCUGGAGGCAGAGCGAACAGCCAUUCAGGCAGCCAAAAAGAAAUUACCCGAGCCAUUCUGUCCAAGUAGCCAACAGAAAGAAGAGGAGUCAUUCACCCCAAAAACCAUGAGAAGGUCAGGACUGACCAGGGCUUGUCACAUGAUUAGACUUCCUGCACAGUGGUCACAUGACUGGUCCCCCCUGUAGAAGUCACAUGACCAGCCUUCCAGCAUAGCGUUAUUUUUUCCUACCCGGUAUUUUUUAUGCAUUUCACACUGUGCAGGUGUCAGGCAUGCCCUGUGAUUUUUUUUUAAAGAAAUGGGCCACGUUCUUGUUUUCAUUUGCUGCUCUCAUUAGUUUGUAGCUGUUUUUUACAGUUCUACCACAAAACUUCUUUGAAGCAUUUUACAAGGUUAGGUUUUUAUGAUUGUACAGUUACUAAGGCAUUUAAUUGCAACAUUCCCUAAGUUUUAAAAGUUUACCUCCACCUUGUUCUGCUUGUUCUGGGGGUACAGUCAGUACUGGCACUUAUUUUUGUUGGUCACCCAUCCUGACUGUGGUGGAUGUUGUAGAUGGGAAGUAGUCUUACUAGAAUCGGAAAUUACCCUAACUGAAAAUGGGAAGAAAAUGCUAAAAAAUACAACAAUAGAAAGAAAUAAAAAUUUAGCCUUCACAAAAGUUAGCUAACGUUAACUAAACUCUGAGAGUGGUCUUUGUUAGUCUUUUGUUGUUUUUCAUUUAGCUAUUUCGACAGCACCUUUUCACCUUGAUCUACUUUAGCUUGUUGAACAUUGCUUGCACCCAGUUCAAUGUUUAAAAUGUCUCUGAGAAGCAAAAUGUUAUGAAAAAGAACCUGUUGCUGGCACCUCUUCAGAGUUUUCUCCCAUUCUUCAGUGUUGGCAAGAUAGCAAUUUUUAGAACCCAUGUAUUUGUCACGCAUUGUAUCAGUGGAAAAAUACUGCAAAGUAGGAAAAAUAAUACACUCGAAUGUGACCAGGGAUGUCAGGAGAUACAAGAAAAACACAUUUGUCACCAUGCACAAAGCUUCACUGACAUUUUACAAUAAUCUGUGUACUUUUAGUUAAAAAAAAAUAUAUAUAUAUGAAAAAGGGCAUUAUGAACCCUUACUGUUGAAAUCAUCAUUGCAAUCAUCUUUUUUAUUUUUUGUGUUGCCUUUAUUUGCUACUCUCUUUUAGUAUUGGUGCUAAUAUUACCCCUCCUUCGCCCAUAUUGCCUCCUGGGUUAGGUUAUGAUCACUUUGAUUAUAAUGGAGUCCCCCCAGUUCUUUUUGCCUGGAUUUGCCCAAAAGGAAGAUGGCCCAUGCUUACCAUGGCAACCAGUCUUUUGGAUCUUAAGGUUGCUGCCUUGUAUUCCAGUCCUCUCUACCAACCCUUGUAAGACUGAGUGUGACAUCACAAAGGCUACUGUAAGGGGCAGGGGGUGGGGGGAGAGACCAUGAGUGAAUGGAACAGAGGAAUUUAAGGUUGGGACAGUGAAUUUUAUGAACUCCACAAUGGGUGACCCUGCGGUGAGCUGUCAGUCAUUGACUUGUCGGGACCAAUAAAAACAUUUCGAUGUCAACCGCAGAACACAGUGGGUGUGGUCCAGGUACACAGGUAAAAUGGGCAUCACUGGGCUUGCUAUACAUGUGCCAAAGAUCAGGUAUUGGGUGGGUAAAUAUGGCUGGAACAGUACAUGCCACCAUGGCAACAAUACCGGCUGUAUGCAGGUCGCUGGUCGUAUUCAUAAUUUUUAAAAAUUAAAAUUUUUACAUCUGAGUAGAAAUGUUAUCGGGCAGAAUGUCAGGUAUCUUGUGUGUGUUCAUUUAAGAUGGCUUUUCAAGAUAUGACAAAGUGCGUCGAUGCAUAUCAAAGUGUCUAAUUGCGUGUGUACUGUACCAGGUUUGGGGGUCAAUUCCAUUCAAGUUCAGUCAAUUUAGGAAAUUAAUUGCAAUACAAUUCAUCAAUUGAAAAGUGCCCAUAAUGUUCUCUGAAGAGUUUUAAAUUAAUGAUUUGAAUUUCAAUUAUUUUCCCAAAUUGACAAGAUUGGAGUGGAAAUGGCCAGAACUCGUUGCUGUGCGAUGCAAAAUGUGACUUUAAUCAGCUGAGGAUGCAGAGUCCACACUCUGUGAGGCAGAAAUAGAUAUAAAUCAUAACAUCUACACGUGUCUAUGCUCUCAGAUGUUGCAUACCUGAGGGCUGUAAAAGCACUAAGUUCCUGCUUCCAGCUGCUAACCAAGAGAAACGGCUUGCAGUUGGUUUGAUGGCAGUGACAUCAUCUACAGCAGGAAAGGGGUAUAAUGAGCCAGCCUGGGUCCUGCUCUACAGUGGGAAAGGGGUAUAAUGAGCCAGCCUGGUUCCAGCUCUACAGUGGGAAAGGGGUAUAAUGAGCCAGUCUGGUUCUAGCUCUACAGUGGGAAAGGGGUAUAAUGAGCCAGCCUGGUUCCAGCUCUACAGUGGGAAAGGGGUAUAAUGAGCCAGCCUGGUUCCAGCUCUACAGUGGGAAAGGGGUAUAAUGAGCCAGCCUGGUUCCAGUUCUUGGGGUCUUAAUGCUUUUAGGGGUACGGGCUUGAAACUCCCAAAUCAGGUGCCAUUUAACUCACUCAAAGAACAAAUCAUUUUUACUAUGGUUGGCCACUAUCUUGUUUUUCUUUUUGUAUAUUAAUUUUGUAUGUUUUUGUAUAAAGAGGGAAUGUAUUUUUUUGCAUGUUCUGCCUGUAUUUAUUGAGUUGUACAUAGUGCUGUUGUGUAGCUUUGUACAUUUUCUUUUCGUAUGUAACUAAAUUAAUAUAUAUGUACAUAUAUACAAAGUUUAUAGCAGUGUAAUUGUGAAUUCACUUGUCUCCCACCUCCCUCUGGUUUUUAAGUUCUUGCAAUCUUGUGUCUUUUGUACGAUGGAGCAUUUUUGUUACCCCGUUGCUGAAGAGCUGUUUACCAUAUUGGGGAAACCCUGUGUAAUAAAGGAUCGCAGUGUGAUUAUC